GUGGAGCACUUCCUGGGAGGAUCAGAGAUCAUCCUCCUUAUUGUCAUGGCCUAUGAUCGCUAUGUGGCCAUCUGCAAGCCACUGCACUACACAACCAUCAUGCGACAGGGGCUCUGCCGCCUCCUGGUGGUGGUGGCCUGGAUAGGGGGCAUCCUACAUGCUGCCCUGCAGACCCUUUUCAUGGUCAGCUUGCCCUUCUGUGGUCCCAAUGUCAUUGACCACUUCAUGUGUGAUCUCUUCCCUCUGCUGAAGCUUGCCUGCAGCGACACCUACAGGUUGGGAAUGGUGGUGGCAGCCAACAGUGGGGCCAUGUGCUUGCUCAUUUUUUCCAUGCUACUCAUCUCCUACAUAGUCAUUCUGAGGUCCCUGAAUUCCCACAGCUCCGAAGGACGACACAAAGCCCUCUCAACAUGUGGCUCUCACUUUGCCGUAGUUGUACUUUUUUUCGUGCCUUGCAUAUUCACCUACAUGCGUCCUGUGGUCACCUACCCUGCGGAUAAGCUGGUGACUGUGUUCUUUGCAAUCCUCACUCCCAUGUUAAAUCCUAUCAUUUACACAGUGAGAAAUACAGAGGUGAAAAGUGCCAUGAAGAGACUGUUGAGAAGGAGAGUGACUUAG